ACAGUAUUCUGCCUUUACCAUGGAACAGCCUGUGUCCGCUGCGCGGUCUUCGCCUACUCCAGGGGUUUCGGCCUCAGCAUCGACGUCUGUGUCAGAUCCUGCAAAGCAAAAUAAGCCUGCUGUCGUCAGAGGAGCAAGAGCAUGUACCGUUUGUAGGGCAGCCAAGAUGAAGUGCGUGGGUGCGGAAGAAGGUCAGCCUUGUCAGCGUUGCAAGCGCUCGGGUACAGAAUGCAUAUUCGAGAAACACCGCCGUGGGCGCAAGCCAGGCUCCAAGCUGUCCGAGGCGUCCAAGAUGCUCCGCCGGUUGGAGAAGGGUCUCAACAGCGCAAAGCUCAAGUCACAAAAUGCCGAAGCUACUGCUCUGCCUUACUCUUCAGAGGCCAGGCCGUCCGACCGCUUCCCGAACAAUGAGCUUCCACCGCUCAACUUGCCUCCAGAUUACGAGGGCGGCCCUCUGUCCAGCUCGUCGCGUACAGGCAAUGAAGAGGAAGGUGAGGAAUCCGAGAAAACGGAAGACAACAAUAUAUUUCCCCAGGAGCUCAUUUCAAAAGAACAACGUAAUUCUAAGUUCUUCAAGACCAUUCUUAACCCUGAGCCCUACGAGCCGCCGCCGUCGAGGCCCACGUCCGAACGCAGUCAGACAAUGGAUGAACCACGCUCGCGUUCACCCCAUGUCCCCCGCGUUACCGAGCCGCCCUUGAGUGCUCUCUCAGGUCUCCAGGCCCUUCAGGACCCCAUUGCCGCCGGAAUUGUGGACGAGAGGCGUGCAGAGAUCCUUUUUGAUCUGUUCUUCCUCCGCCUGAACCCCUUCAUCAAUCUCUUCGACCCCGCCUUGCACACCGUCAACUAUGUGCGCUCGCGUUGUCCAUUCCUCUUCACCACCAUUAUCAUGGCAUGCUGCAAGUUCUUCGCCGAGGAGCUGUACAAACACGUUCGGCAGCUGGCGGGUGAGUUUGCGGUCAAAGCUUUCGCCGAACAAUGGAAGCGCGUCGAGGUUUGUCAAGCGUUCGCGUGUCUCACCUACUGGAGGGAGCCCGACGACAAUCGGACCUGGACGUACAUCGGAUAUGCCUGUCGGAUGGCCGUGGAGCUUGGACUCAACCGAUAUGUGGAAAAACGUUCGCCGGAAGAAACGGACCGACAAUUCCUCGAGCGCCGCAACCGCGAGAGGACGUAUCUCGUGCUCUUCGUCCACGACCGCAGCCUCAGCACGCAGACAGGACGCCAGUGGAUGCUACCCGAGUGCGAGCUCGUCCGACACUCUACGGCUUGGCACGAGGAAGGUGGGACGCCCAUUCGUCCCGAGGAUGUCAUUGUUGCCGCGUUUGUCCAGCUGCGGAGAAUUGCCUCGGAGACUACGGAGGUAUUUGCGUCCAACAGAGGCGCUCAGGGUCAACAUACGGACAUGAACUACGACGUCUUGCUGCGCAAUUGUAACGGGAAGCUGACGCAGUGGGGUGAGACAUGGCAGCAGGAGAUGCAGCGAGCAAAUGGCGAGAAAUUCCACAUCGCGUUCCUGAGCUUCUUCCGGCUAUACGUGCGGCUCUUUUUAAAUAGUUUCGGUAUCAGCGGACCAUUGUCGUCGAAUACCCGUGCUACUCCCAGCCUCGCAGCACUGUCUGCAUGCUACACCAGUGCGCUGGAGAGUUUGCAGAUCGUUACGAAAGACUUCGCUGGAAUGGCGAUGCUGCGCUAUGGCCAAGAGUCUACCACAGUGAUGACGGCCUACGCUGCCGUCUUCCUGCUGAAGCUGUUGAGGAGUUCCAAUACGCUCGCUCAAUUGCACGAAGGGGCCACUGAAGAGAUUCACAGCACAAUCUCCAAGACGGCUGAUGCGUAUCACGAAGCGUCGACGUUAUCGAGCUCGUCGAGUGCCGCGGCAUAUCAUGCACGCUUCUUGAAGGCGCUAGUUGCAAACGACACUCUUCGCGCAAAGCAAGCUGAGAAAGACCGCUACCAGCAGCAGCAGAGCGCGCGUUCCAGCGAGUCCCGCUUCUCAACAUCGUCGUAUUCUUCAGGACCCUCAUCGGUGCACUCACCUCCGUCUAUAUACCAACAGCAGCACUCGAUGCACGUUGACCAUCAUCCAUCGUACCACUUCUCCACUUCGUCAUCUGCACCUCCACCUCCAUCUAUGUCUGGUUCGUCUCAUAAUCAUGCCCACCUUCGCGACUCAGAAUACCCUUCCGCGCAAGAUUCAUCUGUGCGCAGUAGCAUAUCAGGAUACCCCUACGCCAACAGCUCACCGCAGCACACGCUCCCUCCCCCUCCCAUCCCACAGACCCAACAGCACGCAUCGUCAUACAGCUCGCCGCCACAACAGCCCGCAUACGUCCCGACCGAGUCCGACGCAACGUACUAUCGUACAAUGUUCCGCGAGCUCGGCUUCGGCGAAGGUAUCGAAGGUGGUACGUAUCCCGCAGUGAACGGGUUCGCGCUCACGAUGCCUGAUGGCGGCGGCACGUUCGGGACACCGCAUACCGGGGCAUCAGGCGGGAUGGGCUAUCACGAGCCGAGCCAUACCGGGUACACGCACACGAACCCGACGAGGCACCACUACCACCCAUACCCCCCGCCGCCGUACAGCAGCUCACACAAUGGCUACGGUGGAAUGGUGUCGCGAUAGUACUGUCCCCCCCUCUUUCCAAUAUGGUGUCUUUCCUCUAAUCUGAUGAGACUGCGCACUGUGCUGGUUUGUCUGUCCUUUCCUUGCUAUCCUGCUACGCCUUCCCUGUUGUUAUCUAGCUUACGCCCUUCACGACUGAAUGCCCAAUUUCAUUUCUACACGACUGCUGUGAUGCUUGUUUUGCUUUCCUUUAUUCGUUCACGACGGACAUGCCUACUUGUUGACUAAUUCCUAGACUUGUACACAGCUACCCCAUCUCGCGGUGCCUCUGCGUAAUUAUGCUUUGUGUCAUUCUAGGAUAUACCACACAAUGUAUCUUCCGCUUGCAUAUCCCAAAGCACGAGGUUGCUACGUUACACGCGCAAUUCCUACGACUCGACGCCGAUGUAGAAUACAAUGAGCUGGCGGCCGACAGCAGCAGCGAUACGGGGGAUGCCUUUGCCGCCGACAAAGUCGAAAUCGCGCACGUACAGCGGACGAGCCUCAAUGCUAAACACGGUAGGCUGCGCCUGCAGGUAGCUCGUAUUGUAGACAUGGAUGACAGCGCCCUUGGCGGUACUGUUGGUCGUCACAGCGAAGUAUUCCGGGUAGGUCGUGCACCAGCGGAACCUGGUCCCGCCAUCCGGGAAGGUCGGGCCCACGACAUUCGGCUUGCCGCCCUGCAGCUUCGAGAGGUCCCAGAGCGAGAAGCGCGAGCCGUAUGCGGCGCCAAUAAUGUCCACAGAGUCGCGUCUCCACGCAACGCUGCUCGCAUAGCGGUUGGGCACGCCACGGACGGUGUCGCUGAGUGCGCGGGGCUCGACGAGCUCGAUGACGCUUGAGUUGCGCCAGGAGGCCUGCUCGUUCUCCUCAGGGUCGGUGCGCCAGUCGGUGAGGAAGAUGUUGCCGCGUGCGUCGGCGAUGAGGAACUCCUUGCUCGUACUGGGGUGUGCGGCGACGGUCGCGAGCGGGUAUGGGAAGCUGAUCACGUAUGCGGUCGGCUGUGGGCGCGGCGUAGGCGAGGACAAGGGCAAGCCGGGAGAGGCAAUGUGUAGUGUUGGUUUCAGAUCCCAUACCAUGAGCAUCUUGUCGUCGGAUACCGUCGCGACAUAUCGCCAGCUGUCGUCGGAGUGGCCGCCGCAAAAGGCCAUGUCGUUCACCCGGCCGUGGUGGCCGCUGAGGCCACCGCCAAACGAGAACACGUCCUCUGACACAUCACGCGAUUUCGACAGAUGGUACAGUCCAAAGUUUAAGCCAGCGGCUGCCAGUUCUAUUGACCACUCGUCCGUGGUUGAUGGUGAGGUGCAGCGCGUCGACCACGCAAUUGCGGUAAUUCUGCAUCCUAUGUAGAAGUCGGCGAUAACCCUGGCGGACGUCUCUGUGGUAAGCAGGACCUGUACUGAGUGAUCCCCACCAAUGGCAAUCAAGUCUGGAGCAUCGUCACAGUUUGCGCGCAC